AUGAGUGGAGAAGAAACGAUACUAAACGAUUUCUCAACAACCCAACCCCAGAGAAACAAGAGCAAAAAAGCAAUUCCUCAUAAAGAUCAACAUAAUGGUGCAAGCGAAAAGACAAGCAAGCCAGGUAAACGGCGGCGGCGCGAAGAGGAAGCACUGUUAGACGCAGCAGAAACUCCUAAAGGAGGCCCCAAAGGAAACGACAGCAAUGGCUCUGAGGACGACGAACGCGAGUUAAACCUGCGGCCUAAUAUUAGAAAUGUGGUUUACUGCAACUUUAAGUUUAGUCCGUGGUAUAGAUCUCCACGGUACUUUGAUGAAUCAGCUCCGUCUGGGGUGCUGCAUUGCUCUACAUCACUACAUUUGACAAAACAACAGGUCAAGAGCGCACAUACAAAAGAAAUACAAGCAAUUCGACAAGCAAAUACAAAGCGUGCAAAGUCUAACAGUAGUGCUGAAGAAGAUCAAGAUGUAAAUCAAGCUGCACUAGCAUCUACGGCACCGGCUACAGAACCCAUAAAGAAUGGAAUACCAGAUAGUGACGACGGGGUGUUGAUAGACACUCUGUAUGUAUGCGACACCUGUUUUAAGUAUACCUCAGUGGCAAAGGAAAUGGCAAUACAUGUGCCCAAAUGCCAAUAUCGGACGCAGCUGCCUGGUCGGGUUGUGUAUGAUUCGCCUUAUUAUCAGAUCCGCAAGAUUGACGGUGCACGGCAUCUGUUAUAUGCGCAGUGCCUUUCACUUUUUGCCAAGUUAUUCCUAGAUCAUAAGUCAAUUUGCUACGCGCUAGAGACUUUUGAUUUUUAUAUUCUUACAACAUCAAUUGCAAAUAUAGAAGGUGUGAAUGAGUUUGCUUCUAAUCCUAAAAAUGGCAUUCCACAAUCGGAAAAGGUACCGAUAAAGAGACAAAGUCCUAGAAACAUAGACCAACAAGUGUCAACGGGAAGCCGUGAUGUGAGUCUUCCAUUAUCUGCGCAGAGAGUGCUUGGGUUUUUUUCCAAGGAAAAAGUUUCAUGGGAUAGUUAUAAUCUUGCAUGUAUCACAAUCUUCCCACCAUUCCAAAAACGAGGGCUAGGAAAGCUUCUCAUUGAGUACUCAUACUAUCUUUCGCGAAAAUCGAGGCUUAUAGGCACGCCUGAGCGUCCCCUUUCGUCAGAGGGCUUGCUGACGUACUUGAAGUACUGGAGCAACUCCAUAUCUAUGUUUAUCGCAACAAAAUACCAUGAGCACCAAACUUCCGGCAGCACCAAAGAGUUCCAAUUGUCAAUCAAUAAUAUUUCACAAGGGACUUACAUCAGUGGUGCCGACAUCAUGAAUGCCUUGACAAAUAUGGGAGCACUUGUUUAUGAUGAUGGAAACGACGAGCGCAAAGCCCGUAAAUCGAGUCCAGGUAAUGAUGAUGUUGUUGAGGUAGAAACAACAAUCAAGCCUGUGAGAAUUGACUUGGAUUGUGUUCUUGCGUGGUUUGAGCAGUACAAAAAGAAACCUUCUUUGGUGCCCAUGUACAUUGAGUAUUGUAUUAUUCGCAAAAAGCUGCGAGAAACCAAACCUGAAGUCAAACCGAUACCCACUCCGACCCUCAGGCAAGUGUUAUAUUAUGACGAUGAUGACGACGAUGAGAGCCUGGGUGAAAUUAGCGAUAGUGAUGAUGACGAAUACUGA